UGCAGAUACUGACUCUGGAGACAGAUUCAUCAGAAACUUUGUGGUCUUUAAAGUCUCUUGCCUGAUCAGAGGAAACCAGAGUGUUAACAACAAUUUUAAAAUAUUGAUGUCUUUGGUUAAUGUAUCUGAUAUACCAAACAUGAAUUGGUGCAACUACACAAUAAGAUCGUUGAUGGAUGCAGGCGAGGAAUGGCAAACUAAUCAAUCAAAGAUGUUCAGUGGACCAUUACUGUUUCUAAUGAUAUGUUACUUUGACCGAGUACAAUUCAAAGGCCAAAUUAUGCAGAGUGCUUAUCCAACCAUUAGAAUCUGGGACAAGGAGAGAAUUGACAAAAGAGUCAAAGAAGAGAGAAAGGUGGGCUUUGGUCUGGGAAAGGUGACAAAGCGAAUAAUAACAGUCGAAGAGGAAGACAAAGAUGAAGAGGAAGCAGGAAAAGAAGAUGAAGAAAAUGAAGAUGCUGAAAUCUUGUCAAAGGAGGAUUGUGUGAAGGAGAUUAUAGCUGUGGCACAAAAGUUUAGUGAUGCUUUUGUGGAAUUCUCAAAGUUGCCGUCAACCAUUGCAAAAAAGUUCCCCAAUUCUGAUAUCUUGAAGAAGAUAUACUUGACCACAGCUGAUUACUUCAUCAAUCAAGCAAAUGGAAAUCAAGCAAAAGGAACUCAACGAUUAUCAGAGAAGUGUGUCCUUGAGGAAGAUGAUGACUUCUUUAAUGAGCCUGGAGUUAUGGAAGCCCUUGAGAAACUAGAGAAAGCAGCAUUCCUGAAAUUUUCAAUGCCUUCAUUUGACAUAGGAAUUGAGUUUAACAUGUCACAGGGUGAAGGCACAUCAAAAGUGGAUGUAGAAGCUGCGAAGACUGAAACUGCUCCUGAUGUACAAGAUGUGAUGACUGAAACUGUUGAUGGAGUGGAAGAUGUGAUGAUUGACACCAUUGCUGGAAUGACUGAAACUGUUUCUGUCGAUGGAGAAGUGAAUGGUAAUGUUGAAGUGGCUGAAGUGGCUCAAAUGGCUGUUGAGGAAGAAGUGACUGGAGAUGAUGGAGAAGUAAACAAGGAAAUUGAUAAUAAGUCAGAGAGUGUUGGUCUAAAGCCAUAUACCAGAAAGAGAAAGCUUCGAAAGUUAGGUGAUUCAAUUGUCAAUUACAGAUCACCUUUUCUGAAGAAUAAUAGAAGGCUAUGCAAGGAAUUUAGCAGAGAUGAAAAGAUUGUUCUUGAUUGGGGAUUCUCAAAAGAAGUUGAAAAGUAAGAAAAACUAAUAUUAUAUAAUGUAUUAUUUCAAUAUAAACACCAUUUGAUAAUUAAUUGUUUCAAUUUGUUUGAAAAAUAUUAUUCUGUUAGAGACUGUGUCUAUCUAGAUGAGGAAGGUGUGUUUAUAACUCAUGAAGAAAUUCAGACACUUCAAGAAGGAAAUGUAGACAACUCAAUAAUUGAUGCAUUCACUAAGAUUCUGAAUGACAGAGAAGAAUCAAAUAAGUCUACAAAGCGUGCCUUCAUUGCGUCAACCCAAG